AUGCGGUUUUUUCGUAUUGCACGUAUUAUGAAUAUUCCUGACAUACUUCAAUUUUUACACAUACUUCGCAGUAGUAAUUCAAUUCGAUUAACACGCGUGUUAUGUCUUCUGUUGACUGUAUUGUUAUCAGCAGCUGGAUUUGUUCAUUUGGUGGAAAAUUCAGGUGAUUUCUUUCAAGAUUAUUCGAAUUCACAACCAAUAACUUAUUUCCAAUGUGUCUAUUUUCUUGUCGUCACAAUGAGCACUGUUGGCUACGGCGAUUACCACUUGAGAACAGUUCGUAUUAGUUAG